CGCUCAGUGGAAUAUCAGUAAACACACAGCAUCCAAUUAGCAAUCAGCUAGCAAGCCCACUUUUAAUUACAUUAUCAAGCUCACCAACGACAUAAACGUGAAACGUAAUGAAAAUCUUCAUCCUAGCAUUUGUAGCCAUUUUGGCGUUGAGCGCUUACGUAGAGGCGCAACCACAACGUGUACGUGCACAAAAUUUAGUCUACUAUCCACAACCAACACGCCGUCCACCACGUCCCAUAUUGGUGCGUGUAGCGCGUGAUGUUGGUGUUGGCGGUUCGUUGGCGAGUAAUCCUCGUGGUGGCGCCGAUGCGCGCUUAGAAGUGGCCAAUGCGAUUGGUGAUCCCAAUCACAAUUUGAUUGGCAGCGCUUUUGCGGCAGGUAACACCGAUCGUGGACCAGUUACCACUGGCGGUGCGUUGGCUUACAAUAACAACGGCUUGGGUGCUGCCAUUUCGAAGACACACACACCCGGCGUACGCGACACACUCACCCAGAGCGUUAGCGCUAAUCUCUUUAACAAUGGCGUACACAGCUUGGAUGCAAAUGCCUUCAAGUCUCAAAACACUUUGGCUAAUGGUUUUAAGUUUGAUCGCAACGGCGCUGGCCUGGAUUACUCACACAUCAAUGGUCAUGGCGCCAGUUUGACAAAGAGUACCAUACCGAACUUUGGAAGUCAGGUGGAGUUGGCUGGUAAAGCUAAUCUGUGGUCUUCACCCGAUCGCAAUACCCGCCUUGAUCUGACAGGCAGCGGUUCGAAGUGGACUAGUGGUCCGUUGAGUGGUCAGCGUGAUUACUUUGGCGGCGUGGGUCUCACACACAUGUUUGGCUAGGCGAAUGAGUGGAGAAAAUAUCUUAGUGCAGUGAAGCUCAGGAUCUUUAUGUUAAAAAUUUUAAAAUAUAUA